AUGUCCAUACCUGAAGAAACCAAUGAAAAUGACAAAAUUUAUCGACAUAUUCGAGACAUUUUUUACGAAGACGCACCACCACAACCACCACUCAAAGUAAAUACGGGUCAACCACAAGCACAUCAUACAUCCAGACCACCCAAAUCACCGUUACGGCCACGCACCUUGAUUGCGAAGCCUUCUGUACCAACUCGACCUCAUAGAUCAAGCUCAAUUUCAUCCACAACAUCGUCUUCUUCCUCUACUAUCAAGACACCCAUGAGCCCACCAACGCCCACAAGCUCUGAAAAACUCAGUCUCCGUAAGCGAUACAAUGACCCUGCUCUAGAAACGCCUAUUAUGGCACGGAAAUCCAUUUCAGUAACCACAUCGGCAGAGUCAAGCAAGAAAGAUCAAGAGACACACCAGGAGGAGGAAGAAAGCGGCAGGAAGCUGGCACUCUGCGACGAAGAUAGGAUUGUGAUUGCAAACUAUCAGUUGGGUAAUUGUAUAGGAAAAGGACAGCUUGGAUCAGUGUACAGAACGCUUGAUUUGGCUACAGGCGAAGUAGUUGCGGUCAAACAAGUCAAAGUAGAUGACGAGGAUCUGUAUAAAGACAUGAUGAAGGAAGUCAAUAUCCUCAAAAAAUUAUCGCACAAAAACAUUGUAAAAUACAUUGGCUUCAUUCCGAAUCAGUACAGUUUGAAUAUCGUGCUGGAAUACGCCGAGAAUGGAUCGUUGAUGUCUACAUUGAAAGCAUUUGGUGCGUUUCCAGAAAAGUUGGUAGCGUCAUUCUGCAGUAAAAUCUUGAAUGGCCUCAGUUAUUUGCAUGAAAAUCAAGUGGUGCACUGCGAUCUCAAAGCAGCCAACAUUCUGACAACAAAGACAGGCGAAGUCAAAUUGACAGAUUUCGGCGUAUCACUAAAUCUUAAGAAGACUGUAGAUGCUGCUGACAUAUCUGGUACACCAAAUUGGAUGGCACCCGAAGUCAUUGAGCUGAAAGGAGCUACAACGAAAUCAGAUAUAUGGUCAUUGGGAUGCACAUGUAUUGAAUUAGUGAGUGGUAAACCGCCCUACAGCGAUUUGCUAGCCAUGUCAGCCAUGUUUCAUAUCGUAGAAGACGAGUAUCCACCAUUCCCUGAGAAUAUAUCUCAAAAUAUGGCGAGUUUUCUGCUUUGCUGCUUUCAGAAGGAUCCCAACGACAGAAAAUCAAGUCUGGAAUUGCAGCACCACGAAUGGAUAACGAGCAACAAUCAGCAAAAGCAGCAGCAACAGAAAAAGAGGGAGUCAUCCACGUCGGUCUCCACUAUGACACCUUCCAUAAAGUACUUUUCGUUGAACGCUACAACACAACAGCAACACCAACACCUUCACGAAUCCACAGUAGCACCAAUAAACGACAAAAACAGCCACCUAUUUAUUGAGACACCGUUUGAUAAAAGUAAAUGCAAUGUUUGCCAUGAGAUUAUGACCCAGGGAUCCAUCUUUUGCCAAGGCAAGUAA